CCACGGUGUUAGUCGUCCUUUAUCAAGUGAGAUUAGUCACAGCCACCUGCUCUGCUCUACUGAUGACCAAAGAAAUGUCAUCCGUUGUUGUGUUGUUGUUAUCGUGCCUGUGCUUGUUCAUCACAACCGCCACCACCGCCGGCGCAGCACAUAAUAAGUGUCUAUCUCGAUGGUGCGGGAAGCAUAACAUAAGCCAUCCUUUCAGGCUAGAAGACAGUCCAAGCCAAUGUGGUGACCACAGGUACACCCUCUCUUGCGAGGAGGAUCACAAGUUGGUCCUGUAUUGGAGAUCAAGAAAGUUCAAUGUUCAGUCAAUUAAUUACAACAACUACACGAUCCGACUCCUGGAUGCGAAUAUUAGCCACGAUUACACUUCUCGACCUCCUUAUUAUUCCUUACCUUACGAUUCUCAUAGAUAUGGACUGUAUCUUGACAUGUGGGUCGAAGAUGAUAAUGAAUUGACGACUCUUCUCGUGGUGGUAUAUUUGAGGUGUCCAAAUGACGUCAUCGCAACUGCUAAUGCUACUUGUAUGACGAAUGAUUCCGAUGCACUUGGGACUGCUUUCUACCUCGUCAGUGUUUUUCACAAACGCCUCCGGGAUUUCGCGGUUGCAGACUCGUGCCGCAUAGAGUGGAUGUAUCCCUCAUCGUGGCCUGCUGAACGUGAAAGCAACUCAUGCACUGGCGUCCGUACUCUGCUGCUUUAUGGCUUUGAACUUUCUUGGUUUCCAGCAUUCUAUGAAGAAUGGAGUAUAAUAGAAUCGAUUGGACUUUUUCUGUGCUCUGCAGCAACUGUUGCAGCUCUGUAUGUUCUUCCGAAAUUUGUACUACUUGGAGUUCCAUUCGUCAUUCUUUUAUGCAUAUAUAAAUGGCGACGGAGGCAUUUAUCUGUGUAUCCAACAAUUGAAGAUUUUCUUCGAAGCGACAAUAGUAUUAUGCCAAUUAGAUAUUCCUACAGGGAUAUCAAGAACAUAACAGGAGUGUUCAAGACAAAACUGGGGAAUGGAGGCUACGGUUCUGUCUUUCAAGGAAAACUUCGAAGUAGCCGCCUUGUAGCCGUCAAGUUGUUGAAUAAGGCUAAAUCCAAUGGCCAAGAAUUCAUCAAUGAAGUUGCUACUAUUGGUAGAAUUCACCAUGUCAACAUAGUGCAACUUAUUGGUUUCUGCGUAGAGGGAUCAAAGCGUGCUCUCAUAUAUGAGCUCAUGGAAAAUGGAUCAUUAGAAAAAUACAUAUUUUCCCCUCAGAAGAAUGAUUCCUUAAGUUGUGAAAAACUCUACACCAUUUCCCUUGGAGUAGCACGUGGAAUUGAAUACUUGCAUAAUGGCUGUGACAUGAAAAUUCUGCACUUUGACAUCAAGCCUCACAAUAUUCUUUUGGAUGAGAACUUCAACCCAAAAGUCUCUGAUUUUGGACUUGCAAGGCUGUCUCCCUCUGAUAAAAGCAUUGUGUCUCUGACUGCAGCAAGAGGAACCAUAGGGUACAUGGCUCCUGAGCUUUUCUACAGAAAUGUUGGCGCAAUCUCAUACAAAGCCGAUGUCUAUAGCUUUGGAAUGUUGUUAAUGGAGAUGGCUAGUAGAAGGAAGAAUUUGAAUGCACAGACUGAAAAUUCCAGCCAAAUAUAUUUUCCCUUCUGGGUUUAUGAUGAAUUGCAGGAUGGAAGGGAAAUAACAAUAGAAAAUGACACAGAUGAAGAGAUGAAGUUGGCAAAAAGAAUGAUGAUUGUGGCACUGUGGUGUAUACAAACAAAGCCUAAUGAUCGACCUUCAAUGAAGAGAGUUGUGGAGAUGCUAGAACAAGACGAUGACUUAGAAAUGCCUCCAAAACCAUACUUCUACCCACUUGAUGCACCCACAGAGGAGAAUGUUGAAGAUACUACAACUCAUAACAGUUCAAAGUUAUCCUCUGAUGACGUCUGUUCAGUCAGUGAUUCAAAGGAAUAGAAAUAAUGUGUUUGGACUCUACUUUGAUAUAAUGUUGCAUGCUCUGUAGCUAGCUAGCUUGUGUCUUUGGCUAUGUCAUCUAUAUUAGUAUUUCUGAUGUAUAUGAUGACAAGAUAUUGGUUCCUAUGUCCUCUUCUAUAUAUACUUUCUCAUCAACUUAGAUAGUUCUAUAUAUAUAAUUUUUGUUUUUCUAA